CAAUCAACUUAAAAUCCUCUUUAUUUCUCCGAGUCUUUCUAUAAUACCAAGAAAAAUUGAUAUGUUACCAAAACCGGACCAAUGGAAGACAUGGUAGAGGGAAUCGAACCCACGCCCCAUUGUUUACACUUUGCCUCGUGUCGAAGGAGCCGAGUUGUCUGAGCACAAGCAACAUGGACAUAGCGGCUGCUUUCUCCACCUAUGGCUCCUGCGUUGAGCGUGAGGCAGAGCUAAGGGAAGGUGUGCAGGCAGCUGUCAAGGACCUGGAGAAGACAUCCUAUGCCAUCAGCACCAUAUUGGAGAAGAUACACAAUGCUCAAGGGAUACAGAACAUAGAGGCUAUCUGUGCUGAGUGUCAUCAAGAGCUGACCAAAAUCCCAGCCCUCUAUCAGGCCUUACAGGAGAAAGUGCCACCUGGGGAGUUUUACCGCUACCACCACAACUUUCGAGGCACCACACAUCGCCUGGUGGCUGCCACCUGUUUCAUUACCUACCUUGAAGAGAACAGGUUACCCAUGCAUGAGGAGGUAGCCAAGGCCCUGGGGCUGUGUACACACCGAGACCAGGGCUUCCACCUCGACCUGGAGGACUACCUGCAGGGCACCCUCAGCAUCAGCCAUGAGCUCUCCAGACUGGCAAUCAAUUCUGUCACGGCAGGGGACUAUGCACGGCCAUUCCAUAUCAGGCAGUUUUUACGUGACCUCCAUGCUGCCUAUUCCCUCCUUUUCCCAAAAAAUGAACUACGGAAGAAAUUUGAUGAGCUGAAGUACUCACUGAAGAAGACUGAGGAGGUAGUGUACAACCUGUCUCUGCGUGGCCUCAAGCCUCCGGAAAUGGAAACCUCAGGCUAAGGAAGUGGAAUUGCAUCUGAAGUAAUAUCCCAGUGGUUUAACUUUUGUACUAGAUAUCUACCCAGAUCUCAUCUACCUGAUUAAAUGAAUGUAUGAAAAUUCCAAGUGGUCUGAUCUAAACAAGACCUAUAUAAUUUUUAAUAUGAAUUUUUAUAUAUGUGUGAUGUUUGAUUUUUGUUCUUUGAGGAAGGCUGUCCAGAACAAAGCAUUACAUUCCUUUCCGCUUACUUCAUUUUGGGUCCAAGGUCAAAGAGAGGGUCUUCAGGGACAUUGAGUGAAGGGUGAUUUAGAAUAUAAGUUGAGGGUCACAGCAAGGAAAGGUGCCUACCCUCCUAUGGCAAGUCUCGAAAUGCUUUAAAAUUGAAUAGUAAUUAUUCAAUAUUCACCCGAACAUAUUAUAAACCAGGGACUUAAAUAUUUGGUACAAAGCCUUCAGAUCUUAUUUUGUUAUUCUUGAUAGAAGUCACAUGAUGUCAGUUAGUCGUAAUGAUGAUUAAGGGAUUUAAAGUUGUGGCUGUAGUAAGUAAUAUGGAUGCAGUAACAGCUUGACCCACUUGCCUAACAUGCAACUAGUCCAUUCUGUCCAAGGUGUAUUCAUUACAUGUAAGGUGUAAAGUUAACUUGUGGGUGUGGUGCAGUAAGUUAAGUGUAUGUGUGUAAUUCACCCACGGCCCGAUCAUGAAUUGGACUCACAAUCUACAGCAAGUACCCUCCCGGCAAGAGCAAGUUCAUUAUAGUCGAUCUCUGGGUAUUGCUGGGGCCUCACACACCACACCCCCCACCCCCUCCCCUCCUUGUCAGUGGAAAAAUCCUGGUCUGAGCAGGGCUUGAACCUCCGUCUGUCAGGCUGUGGAGCCUGACGGCGCAAAGCUUUAACUGAUUGGGCUAUCAGAGUGGUGUGUGUGUGUGUGUGUGUGUGUGUGUGUGUGUACACAUGGAUUCACACACAAGAAACACUGUUGAUCAUAAUCUCAACUUAUUACCGUGUGUUCUCAAAGUACUGUAUGUAUGAGUGUUUGUUAUCCUUCACUGUUUCUUUGCAUCUCUCUCUCUCUCUCUCUCUCUCUCUCUCUCUCUCUCUCUCUCUCUCUCUCUCCUGUGUAUUUCUCUUGAAAUUGUAGUGAUUUAAAACUGUGUUAAAUUACAAUAUACAUAUUUAGAUUGUAAUUAAAUUAUGUAUGUGUAAAAUGUAGAAAUUAAACAUGCCUGUAAGUUAAAUUUGGAUGCUAUUUUUUAUCUGAAAUUCUCAAGCACUAUAUAUGACUAUACCCAUGUGUAGCAGAUAUAGUCUAGUCACUCAGUGGCAAAGGGUUUCAACACUUUUUUUCUUACUGAGCUGCUGACAUGUCAUAACCUUUGCACUGUCACCUUUCCUGUAUCAUGGGAUAGCCACAGUCACCACUUUUGCAAGCCUGCACUAAGUGUUCCCAAAUGGUGUUCAGUGUCACAACUUGGGCUUCAUUGAUCCCACUGUUCAGUGAGGUAGUUGUGGAAAUGCCUUAACAAACCCUGUCCAUGUAACUGAUAGAAUAGUAUAGUAAUGUUGAUGACCAUCUGUCAUAAAGUUUCUUGUGUACCAUGCUUAUUUUUUCCAUGGGCAAUGAAGUUGUUCUCAAGCGUUUUCAUCAUUUGCUGUGAAGAAAUGUGAGUGCCUAUAUAAGUUAUGUCUAGUUUUAUUAUUACUUGCUUUAUUAUUACUUAGUGAAAUAUUGAAUCACUGGUGGGGACAUAUGCCAUGAGGUAUAUUACCAAAAUGCUUAUGUCCAUGUUAUAGUUUGAAAAAGCACCAAGACAAAGGUUGUGUGCAUAUUAGAACUAUGAAUGAUUCACUAAACAGAGAUUUACAUUUAUGAUAUACUCAUGGUAUGAUCUGUCUAGAGUUAAUUAUGAAUAAUAUCUGAUAUUUGUAAUUCCUGAAAUAGUAAUUGUAACAUGUUGCUAUUAUUAUUAUUAUUAUUAUUAUAAUUUUGAGGAUGUGUGGCCACAUGGCAAUGGUUAUCAUAUCUACUGUUCAUUAUUUUUUCAUUACUAUUGUUAAUUAAACCCAGUAAUAGCAAUGUAUGCACCUUACUGUUUCUUUUGUACAUUUUUGAAUCCUGAGUUAAAUUUCCCUACCUAACUUAUUAGCCAGCCCAAGGUUUUGUAUAAUUACCAAAUAAAUUGUUAAAUAAUU